GUCAAAUAUUCAACCCGAGAUUUCAAAGGCAUUUAAUAUUCAAAAACCAUCACGUAUUCCUCAGCUUUCGUCGUUGGGACCUCCUGCACAACCAAGAUCACAUUUGGGCGAUAUUUCUAAUCAUAUUAUGCCUAUAACUUAUAAUGACAUUAGAGAUAAUGAAA